AUGGGUGCCUCUCGAUCAUCAAGCGAGCACACUAGCUCUAUGGAGUCAUCUCACUCCCACAAAGAUUCAUUGCAAACAAAGGCGGAUCCCAAUGUGGCACUAUAUGAAGCCCAGCCAAUGGACAACCAGCCGGGAUCCCAAACAUUCUCUCUUCGCAGCAUCCAGCAUAAGGAUCUGAAUGGAAAUAUCAUCGCUGAUCCUGAUCUGUGCAACCCAACUCGGAAUCGUCUCGAGCGUCCUCUUGAUACUAUUCGAUCCUUCGAAGCUGCGAUCGAUGCACACCACAAGCGAAACCAUAUGUGA